CAAUCUCAGCUUGAGGAUCAACACAGCACCCGGCUUAUACCUCCUCUGCUGGCUCUCGUUGCCUUCCUUCAAGUUUCAACUGCAAUUGCUGCCAUGAGACUCAGCCUCCUCAUCAUUGCCGCGAUGGCCGUCCUAAGCACCGCGUCGGCAGCAGUCUACAAUGUUGGCGAACCGGGCGGCGCGUGGGACCUUACCACCAACUACAGCACCUGGGCAUUCUCCAGGAAGUUCCAACUCAGCGACCAGAUCGUCUUCAAGUACUCCCCUCAGGCGCACGACGUCCUUGAAGUUAGCAAGGCCGACUACGACUCUUGCAGCAUCGUCAACCCUAUUGCGACCCUCAACUCCGGGAACGACAUCGUCACCCUCACCGCCGCUGGCACCCGCUACUUCAUUUGUGGGUUCCCUGGCCACUGCACUGGUGGCAUGAAGAUCAAGAUCGACGUCGUGCCUAGCUCCUCCUCACCAUCACCCGCCCCGGCUAGUGGCCCCAAUGCAAGCAACGCUCCUCCAACCAUGCCUGUCUCUACCGCCACCUCCGUGAAGGCCACGGGGUUUGGCCUCGCCAUCCUGCUUGCCUUUAUCGGUUUCAUGGCUUGAGUACAUCUGUAUAGCCCCACGCACAUACCUAAUUUAUGUAAAGUCAAAUAAUCAUUCCUAGUGAAUAUAUGUGUCUAUAUUCCAUUAAUUGGAUA